AACCAAGGGAAUGGAGGCAACAACAUUAUUCAACCGCCUACAGCCGCCACCACACCUGCUCCAGCAAAUCCUGCAAGCACAGCUGCUCCAAGUCCCCGGACUACGGCAUCACCUCGAUAUUUAUCAUGUCUACAAGGAUGUCCUUCCACAAUGGAGUAUAAUCCUAUAUGCGGUUCUGAUAUGAUAAGUUAUCACAAUAAUGGCCGAUUGACAUGUGCUCAGAGAUGUGGCAAAAAUGUUGCCGCCUUGCGAGCAGGCACAUGCAAUCCAUUGACGUAAAUUGGUGACAAUUUAAGUUAUUCAAUACAUUUUUUAUUGUUCUAUUGAAUAAAGUGUAUACUAUUAAUGUCAUCUAAUAAACUCUAACACCGGUAUUCACAAAAAAGCGUUUUGAAGCUCUAAAGAAGGUUUAUUUGACAGCUUUCCUUUAUAGAACUAUCAAAUAAACCUAUUUUAAGGCUGCAUUAAAUUUUGUGAACACGGCCGUAUAUUUUUGAAUUUUUGUACAGAAUAAAAAAAAACUAUAAAUGAAGAA